CCGCCAUCGUCAUCCGUCUCCUCCAUCACGACGCUCAAUCUGCCACAACGGCCGUAACGACACUUCUCUCGACACAGAGGCCCUAUACAUCUCGCCCAGCGCUGUGUAGGUUCAUCCGCGCCCUCCGAAAGAGCAUGGCGGCAUUAGAGGGCUUGCCCUUCAGAAAGACUAACGAAACAUGGCGUCUUCAACAGCAACAGCGCCUGUCAUCACUCGCAGAGCCCUGAACGCUCUCCAGGCAACCGCCCUUGUUGUCGCUGGCACCGGCACCGGAACAUCAUCGCCGCCGUAGCGCCUUCUGCAUUUGUCCCGCAGCACACCUCACCGCCCAACUUUUCUGCCGCCGACAUCUCAAGCUUCACGUCAACAAGCAUACAUCACACGAUACGCCGACGUCUACACCCGUCUCUGUACGUCUUGACGAGGCCGAAAAACUCCACCCUGGCGCUUGCAAAGCUUCCGGUAGCGAUCCUCUAGUAUACAAUGGGCGAGCUCGACGACUUCAUGGACCAGGCAGGGGGCCGUCCGUCUGCUUCGGACACUCCAUCUGCUACAGAUCCCUCCGCGACCGAAAACACCAAGAAGCGCAAGAACGUGAAGGAGCCCGAGGCCAACAAGAAGCCCAAGGUUAUGGAGAACAAGGCUAUUUGGAUCUCCAACCUGCCUCUUGAUACCACGAAGAAGGAGCUCGAGGACGAGUGCUCGAGGUACGGCAUCAUUGACAAGGGCGCCAACGGCGAGCCGCGCAUCUACAUGUACGAAACCGACGGCGUCUUCAAUGGUACUGCCAUGGUUGUAUACUUCAAGAAAGAGGCUAUUGCCAAUGCGAUCAGGCUGAUGGACGACUUCCCUCUCCGCCCAGGCGAUAACUCCAACGGCAACAUCCACGUCGAGGCAGCUAAGAUUGAGCACAAGAAAGAGAGAGACGGCGAGAAGAUCGCAUCCAAGCUUACGCGCAAGGAUAGGAAAGCGUCUGAGCGCAAUCGCGCUGAGCUAAACCAGAAGCUCAACGAGUGGUCCGACAACGAAGAUUACGUCGCCGAGACCUUGGCGCCCAAAAAGAACAAAUGGGCUAAAGUCGUCAUCAUCAGGAACAUCUUUGAUUUGGAGCAGCUCGAAGAGGACGCGGGCGCAUAUCUGGAGAUCAAGGAGGACAUGCGCGAGGCAGCGGAGCAGUACGGUGAGGUCACCAACUGCACUCUAUACGACAGGGAGCCCGAGGGCGUCGUCACAGUCCGCUUCCGCGAGUUCGAGCCUGCUGAGAAUUUCGUUGCCGGCUUCCAGGGCAGGAGAUAUAACCACCGUGGUCUCCAACUUUCGCUCGCAGAAGACAAGCCCAAGUUCAAGAAGUCUGGCCGUUCCGAUACACCAGACAGUGACGAUGAGGCUCCAGCGACGGCGGCCAAAGCCAAAGCCUAACUAUUUGUUACUUCCAGUCGCGCAUACAUUCCGCCACCGCUUCGGGCAGGAGUAGGAUGUGGAGCAAAGGAUCGUUGCCCAGAAAACGAUAUAUUUCUUCAUUUUAUUACGUAUACAGCUAUAGGUAGCUAAGGCACUUGAGCUGGGAAAGAUACCCUCAUCAAUAUGAGUAUAAUGGCAUUCGGCUGCGACUGAAAAGUCCACCAACCUCAUCAACUAUCACUCUGAUCAUGACAGGUGAUGUUGUACGGGCCAGUAUCCGCUCGUCGCUUUGUGUAGCAAGUCAAACAGCUGGAGUGUGUGUACCUAGAUGCACUAUACCUGAAGACUUGUCAAAGGUAACAAGGCAAGCAGAAAGAAUCUUGCAAAACUGUGACAUUUCCACAUCUAUACCAUUAUCAAACUACAUUAUCGAAGAAGC